CUUUGUUGCUGCCGCCUUCCAUCCUUGGGGCGUCGGCGUCGUCCCCGCAGCACCAACCAGCUCCGGCCGGCAUGGCCAAGCCAUCGCCGCCCACCGCCACUGGCGCCCCCACCGAUCCCCCGCUUCCUACUACCCCCAAGCUGCCCCCCCGGCCCGCGGGCCUCCUCGACUCCCUCCCCUCCACGGGGCGCUCCCUCCUCGCCGCGGCGCGCCGCUCCCCCGUCACCACCCUCGUCGUCGCCUUCUUCCUCCUCGCCCUCUUCAUGUACGGCGAGGACGUCCGCACCAUCGCUGAGCUCUCCAUCGACGACUACCUCUACCCCGAUGCCGACCUGUACAACGUCUCGGGUCUUCCCCCGCUGGUGCUCCCCCCGCCCACCUGCGACCUCUCCGCCGGCCGCUGGCUCUUCGACAACGUCUCCACCCCGGCCUACAGGGAGAAGGACUGCACCUUCCUCACCAAGCAGGUCACCUGCCUCGCCAACGGCAGGCCCGACGAUACAUGGCAGUACUGGAAAUGGCAGCCCAACGACUGCUCCCUCCCAGCGUUCGACGCUCGGAGAUUCAUGGAGGCCAUGCGCGGGAGGCGGCUCAUGUUCGUGGGGGACUCGCUGAACCGCAACCAGUGGGAGUCGCUGGUGUGCCUCGUCCAGCCCAUUCUCUCCAAGGGCAGGAAGAAGAUCGUCAAGCGGGGCUCCCUCACCAUCUUCCACGCCAAGGAGUACCGCGCCACCCUCGAGUUCUACUGGGCGCCCUUCCUCGUCGAGUCCAACUCCGACAACCCCAAGAUCCACAGCAUCGAGCACCGGAUCAUCAGGCCCGACCGGAUCGAGGGACACGCCAAGUACUGGAAGGACGUCGACUACCUCAUCUUCAACACCUACAUCUGGUGGAUGAACACCGCUGACAUGAAAGUCAGGAGACCAAAUUCGAGGUACUGGUCACAGCACGACGAGGUUCCCAGGAUUGAGGCAUAUGGGCGGGUGUUCAAGACGUGGUCUGAUUGGCUCAAUCACAACAUUGAUCCAGCCCGCACAUCCGUCUUCUUCAUGACAAUUUCUCCUCUUCACAUCAGCCCACAGAAUUGGGGAAACCCGGAGGGGAUCAGAUGUGUGAAGGAGACGCUUCCGUUCCAGAACUACAGCCAACCUCUGGACUUGUACCAUGACAUGCGGAUGUUCGACAUGGUGGUGAAGGUGGCCAGCUCCAUGGACAAGGUCCCGGUCACGGUGAUCAACAUCACAAGGAUGUCGGAUUACCGGAAGGACGCCCACACGUCUCUGUACUCCAUCCGGCAAGGUAAGCUGCUGACGCCGAAGCAGAAGGCGGACCCGGAGAAGUUCGCGGACUGCAUCCACUGGUGCCUUCCCGGCGUGCCGGACGUGUGGAACCAGAUACUCUACACCAGGAUCCUUUCGAGAUCAUCCUGGCAUUCUGGUUCUGCUGCGCCUCCUCCCUUGGAGUCCCUGCCCCUUCCUCGCCAGUGAAAAUUUUAGCAGGGGGCUUGGGUGUUCUUUUUUUUUUUUACCGCGGCGUAGGAAAAUGUAUGGUUAUUCAUCAUUUUUUCUUCCUUUUGGGUAGAUUGAGUAAAGGUUAGAGCCAAAAGGAAGUGGAUGAGCUGACCACUGAUGGAAUGGCAUGUAAGAUGGCUCAGUUGUAGUGUAAAUGAGUUGUGAGUUAGCCAAUGAACGAACAGCGGCGCUCCUGUAGACAGUUUCCUUCUGAAUAUAUAUAUAUACUACUGUAGUUUCCAGGCAGAAAUUAGCCAUAUA